AAAAGCUUCUUCACCUUCCUCAUUCUCAAACCACGCUCCCUUUGUCUCUUUCUCUCUCCUCCUCCCCCUAUCCAGUUUUCCCCUCAGAAACUUCUCCAACUUCAAAUCCUCUCCCUGAAAACAAUUCAACACAACAAGUUUCCAAUUCUUUCUCCAAUUCCUUUCAUUUCAAACCCCUCCCUAAAACCUUUUCCCCAAUUUCUAGGGUUUCCACUUCGAAACCCCCCAAAAUUUCACAAUGCACAUCAAAGAGAUCUGCUUAGAAGGGUUCAAAUCCUACGCUACUAGAACUGUAGUUCCCGGGUUCGACCCCUUAUUUAACGCAAUCACAGGGCUAAAUGGGUCUGGAAAGUCGAACAUUCUAGACUCCAUUUGCUUUGUUCUUGGUAUCACGAACUUGUCGCAAGUUCGAGCUUCGAAUCUUCAAGAAUUGGUAUACAAGCAAGGCCAGGCAGGAAUUACUAAGGCUACUGUUUCGAUUAUUUUCGAUAACUCCGAUCGAAAUCGGAGUCCACUAGGGUAUGAGGAGUGUGCUGAGAUUACCGUCACUCGUCAGAUUGUGGUUGGCGGAAGGAACAAGUAUCUGAUUAAUGGGCACCUUGCCCAACCUAACAGGGUACAAAAUCUUUUCCACUCCGUCCAGCUCAAUGUAAAUAAUCCACAUUUUCUCAUUAUGCAAGGGCGUAUUACGAAAGUUUUGAACAUGAAGCCUCCUGAAAUAUUGUCUAUGCUAGAAGAGGCUGCUGGAACGAGGAUGUAUGAAAAUAAGAAAGAUUCCGCUUUAAAAACGCUUGAAAAAAAGCAAAGUAAAGUUGAUGAGAUUGAUAAGCUUCUUGACCAGGAAAUCUUACCUGCUCUGGAAAAGUUAAGGAAGGAAAGAAUGCAGUACAUGCAAUGGGCUAAUGGGAAUGCUGAGUUAGAUAGGCUUAAAAGAUUCUGCGUUGCUUACGAGUAUGUGCAAGCAGAGAGGAUUAAAGAUGGUGCAGCCCAUGAGGUGGACCAAGUUAAGGCUAAAAUUGCUGAAGUUGACACUGACACAUCUAAGAUGAAGUCCGAGCUUCAAGAAAUGGAUGCCAAAGUAUCUGAGUUGACGGCUGAGAAGGAAGAAAGCAUGGGUGGUGAAAUUAAAACUUUGCAACAGAAAGUAGAUUCUUUAGCUCAUGAUCUUGUGAAGGAGACAUCUGUGCUGAAGAAUAAAGAGGAUACUCUCAAAGGGGAACAAAAGAAUGCGAAUAAGGUUGCGAAAAACAUUGAAGAACUGAAACACUCUGUGGAAGAGAGGGCUACUGCUGUAAAAAAUGCAGAAGAUGGUGCAGCAGAUAUUAAACAAAAAGCUGAACAACUCUCUAAAGAUUUAGAUGAAUGUGAAAAAGAAUAUCAGGGAGUGCUGGCUGGAAAGAGCAGCCAAGAUGAAGAGAAAUGCUUGGAGGAUCAGUUAGCUGAUGCUAAAGUGGCAGUAGGAAAUGCAGAAAUAGAGGUUAAACAGCUUAAGACUCAAAUAACCCAUGGUGAGAAGGAGUUGAAAGAGAAAACUGAUCAGUUGAAGUCAAAGCGCAACGAGGCUACUGCUGUAGAAAAUGAACUGAAUACCAGGAAAAAAGAAGUUGAAGUUGUUCGGAAGUCAUUGGAGUCCCUUCCUUUUAAAGAAGAUCAGAAUUACCGGAUGGAAUCUUUGCAGCAGGAGCGUGCUGCUGAAUUGGAGGAAGUGCAGAAACUGAAAGAUAAAAUACGAGUUCUUUCAGGACAGUUGGCAAAUGUUGAUUUUGCCUACCGCGAUCCUACCAAUAAUUUCCAGAGGUCAAAAGUUAAAGGUGUUGUUGCAAAGCUUAUCAAAAUAAAAGAUGAAUCAACAAUGACUGCUUUGGAGGUUGUGGCUGGUGGGAGGUUGUAUAACGUCGUGGUUGACUCCGAAACCACUGGUAAACAACUUCUGCAAAAUGGCGGUCUUCGAAGAAGAGUCACCAUUAUUCCUCUGAACAAAAUUCAAUCUCAUGUUAUUGGUCCCGAUAAACAGCGAGCUGCUGCUAAUCUUGUAGGAAAGGAGAAUGCAAAACUGGCACUCUCUCUGGUGGAAUAUGAUGAGGAAUUGAAGAGGGCUAUGGAGUAUGUUUUUGGAUCCACUUUUGUGUGCAAGACCAGAGAAGCGGCUGUAAAGGUCGCGUUUAAUAAAGAAGGAAACAUUGAUAUCAGGGAGCCGUGUGUCACUCUUGAAGGCGACGUAUUUCAGCCAAGUGGUCUCCUGACUGGUGGUAGUCGUAGGGGUGGUGGUGAAUUGCUAGGAAGUCUUUGUGCUUUGGCAGAUGCUGAGACAGAUCUUUCUACUCAUCUGAGGAGAUUGUCUGAAAUUGAAGCAGAGAUUACUCAGCUCCUUCCUCUACAAAAGAAGUUUACUGACCUUAACAACCAGUUGAAGCUGAAGGAAUAUGAACUUGAAUUAUUCAAGGGCCGUGCUGAACAAAAUGAGCAUCACAAGCUCGGAGAAUUGUUAAAGAAGAUUGAGCAGGAUCUGUUAGAUGCGAAGUCCACUUUGAAGGAGAAGCAAGUAGCUUAUGGAAAUUAUGUUAAAAAGGUGUCCACUAUUGAGAAAUCAAUUAAAGACUAUGAUAAAAGUAGGGGCUCCAGGCUCAAAGACUUAGAGAAAAAGAUUAAGGCACUUAAGAUUCAAAUGCAAUCAUCAUCCAAAGAUCUCAAGGGGCACGAAAAUCAAAGAGAAAAGUUGAUAAUGGAAAUGGAAGCUGUAGCUGAAGAGCGUACUUCACUUGAGAGUCAACUUGAUUCUUUGCAGACUCAAAUCCAAAGCCUGGUCUCUGAAAUCAAUGAAGAGAAAGACAAGGUGGCUUCAAUAAAGGAACAUCAUGAUCAGGCUCUAUCAGGUCUUAAUGCAGCCCGUUCAAAGUUGAAGGAAUGCGACUCACAAAUAAGUUGUAUUUUAAAGGAGCAGAAAAAGCUCCAAAAUAAAAUAAGUGAAGCAAGCCUUGAAAGGAAGAAGAUGGAAAAUGAGGUUAGAAGGAUGGAGGAGGAGCAGAAAGAAUGUUCUUUGAAGGUUGACAAAUUAGUUGAGAAGCAUUCUUGGAUAGCUUCUGAGAAGCAGCUUUUCGGUAGAAGUGGAAGUGACUAUGAUUUCACAUCUCGUGAGCCCCGGAGAGCGAGGGAGGAGCUAGAGAUGCUACAGGGAGAACAAUCAAGUCUAGAGAAAAGAGUAAACAAGAAGGUCAUGGCAAUGUUUGAGAAAGCGGAAGAUGAGUAUAAUGAUUUGAUAUCUAAGAAGAACAUUAUUGAGAAUGACAAGGCCAAGAUUAAGAAGGUAAUUGAAGAGCUUGAUGAGAAGAAGAAGGAGACUUUGAAAGUCACUUGGGUGAAAGUGAAUAGCGACUUUGGGUCCAUCUUUUCCACAUUGUUGCCAGGAACUACAGCAAAGCUGGAACCUCCCGAAGGUUGCAGUUUCUUAGAUGGCCUUGAGGUCCGCGUUGCAUUUGGAGGAGUUUGGAAACAAUCAUUAUCUGAACUGAGUGGGGGUCAACGAUCUCUGCUUGCAUUAUCUUUGAUAUUGGCUUUGCUUCUGUUUAAACCCGCUCCACUUUACAUACUCGAUGAGGUUGAUGCAGCUCUUGAUCUGAGCCAUACUCAAAAUAUUGGAAGGAUGAUUAAAACUCACUUCCCCCAGUCACAGUUCAUCGUGGUUUCUCUUAAAGAAGGGAUGUUCAACAAUGCAAAUGUCAUAUAUCGCACCAAGUUUGUUGACGGAGUUUCCACUGUUCAGAGAACUGUCACAGCUAAUAAGCAGAAGUGAUCCUUCAAUGUUCAUAAGAGAUAGAUAAACAAAAAAUGGUUGCUAACUUGCUACCAGCCUAUCAGUGGGAUUAAUCUGCCACCAGCGCCUUCUGUCGGGGUUUGAUGGAUAAUUAUUCUGUAUGUAUAUAUGUAAAUAGCCAUUGGUAAUAUGCAGCCUUUGUAACCGAUGAAUCGGGAUUGGUAGUAUUUCAAUAUUGUCUAUGUAUUAAAUUAGUACAUCAAUCUAUAAAAAUGGAAGGGUGGUAGAAUUUGCUCUACAACAAAGUUUUAUUCAAUUAUUUUUUGCAAAA